ACCUCUGUAGUGUAUUGCUCAAAGCAUCGUCUAAGCAUUCCUCUACCACUACCCCGCUAUCCAAGAUGUCGGCGAAACCCCUCAGCAUAGAUGCGACGUUCCCCUUGACGGGCUCGCAACACCAAAUCCCACAAAUCGGCUUUGGUGUAUACUUGUCACCUAAGGACGUAUGCGUCAAAUCUUGCAAGAAGGCGUUUGAUGCAGGCUAUCGCCAUAUCGACACAGCCCAGUACUACGCAAACGAAGAGCAAGUUGGCCAGGCAUUGGCUGAAAGCGGGCUUCCAAGGAAGGAUGUCUAUAUCACCUCCAAGGUUUUGAGCCCUGCAGAGGAUGUUGAAUCAACAUACAAGAAAGUCGCCGAGAGCGUUGAGAAGCUGGCUGGGAAAGACGGUUAUGCGGACCUGUUCCUCGUUCACAGUCCGAAUGCAGGAAAAGAGGCCAGGAAGACAAUGUGGCUCGCGUUGGUGCUCGCACAGGACCGGGGCAAGGUGCGAGACAUUGGCGUCAGCAACUACGGCAUUCAACACAUUGAGGAAAUAUCCACGAUCCACGUCGAGGAGGUUUCUACGGCCCGCAAAGGUGCUGUUCUACCUGUCGUCAAUCAAAUCGAGCUCCACCCUUGGUGCCAACAACGCGAGAUUGUCGACUACUGCAAAGACCAUAAGAUAGUAGUCGAAGCCUAUUGCCCUCUCGUGCGCAAUGAAAAGGCAAACGACGAGACACUCGUCAGCAUCGCCAAGAAGCAUAAUAAGGAGCCGAACCAAAUUCUAAUCCGAUGGAGCCUGCAGAAGGGAUUUGUACCUCUUCCCAAGAGCGACACGCCAUCUCGAAUUGUCACCAAUGCCGAUGUAUACAGCUUUGAGCUCGACAAGGAUGACAUGGAUAAGCUAGAUGGUCUGGAUCAGGGAGUGAAGGGAGCCAUUGUGCAAGCCGUUAGCAAUGCUUAGGACAUGAUUUCUUGUAACCUACCCUAUUGGCAGAGGCGUAAGUGAAGGAUGAAUUCACACCCUAGUACAAAUUUUGAGGCAUGCCUAUGUCCCUGGAAUUUCCAAAUAAAAAAGGAUAAUAUCU